UAUGGCAGAAAUGAUGGCUGAAAACUACCAUAAUAUAUGGGCAAAGAAAAAGAAAGUGGAACUGGAGUCCAAAGGAGGUGGAAACCACCCUCUGCUGGUGCCCUAUGAUACGCUGACGGCCAAGGAGAAAGCCAAGGACAGGGAAAAAGCCCAGGACAUCCUCAAGUUCCUGCAGAUCAACGGGUAUGCCGUGUCCAGAGGGUUCAAGGACCUGGACUUGGACACGCCUUCUAUUGAGAAGCGAUUUGCCUAUAGUUUUCUGCAGCAGCUCAUCCGCUAUGUGGACGAAGCCCAUCAGUACAUCCUGGAGUUUGGUAGGUGCCGCAGCCCUGCUACUGACAACCCAGCUGUUGUUCUUCGCAUUUCCACCAUCAGGGUGCAGACCAGGAUGGACCCCUGGGCCGUCGUUCUUCCUUUAAUUGAUCAGUAUUUCAAAAACCAUCGUUUAUACUUCUUAUCUGCAGCGAGCAGACCUCUGUGUUCUGGAGGACAUGCAUCAAACAAAGAGAAAGAAAUGGUGACGAGCCUAUUCUGCAAACUUGGAGUUCUUGUCAGGCAUAGGAUUUCACUAUUUGGAAACGAUGCAACGUCAAUUGUCAACUGUCUUCAUAUUUUGGGUCAGACUUUGGAUGCAAGGACAGUCAUGAAGACUGGCCUGGAGAGCGUGAAAAGUGCACUGAGAGCGUUUCUGGACCAUGCCGCUGAGGACCUGGACAAGACCAUGGAGAACCUGAAGCAGGGCCAGUUCACCCACACCCGGACCCAACCCAGAGGGGUCACUCAGAUUAUCAACUACACCACGGUGGCACUGCUGCCCAUACUGUCGUCAUUGUUUGAGCACAUUGGCCAGCAUCAGUUCGGAGAAGAUCUGAUAUUGGAAGAGGUACAGGUAUCGUGUUACAGAAUUCUGACUAGCUUAUAUGCUUUGGGUACUAGCAAGAGUAUUUAUGUGGAAAGGCAGCGUUCCGCACUGGGAGAAUGUCUGGCUGCCUUUGCUGGUGCUUUUCCGGUGGCUUUCUUGGAAACUCAUCUCGACAAACAUAAUGUUUACUCCAUCUACAACACUAAGUCUGCGCGCGAGAGGGCAGCUCUCAAUUUGCCAGCUAAUGUGGAAGAUGUUUGCCCAAAUAUACCGUCUUUGGAGAAGCUCAUGGAAGAGAUUGUGGAGCUCGCCGAGUCUGGUAUUCGUUAUACACAGAUGCCACACGUGAUGGAGGUCAUCCUGCCCAUGCUUUGUAGCUACAUGUCCCGUUGGUGGGAACACGGACCUGAGAACAACCCGGAAAGGGCUGAAAUGUGCUGUACGGCUCUGAAUUCAGAGCACAUGAACACCCUUCUGGGGAAUAUAUUGAAAAUCAUUUAUAAUAACUUGGGGAUUGAUGAGGGAGCCUGGAUGAAGAGGUUAGCAGUAUUUUCCCAGCCUAUUAUAAAUAAAGUGAAACCUCAGCUCUUGAAAACUCAUUUCUUGCCAUUAAUGGAGAAACUCAAGAAAAAGGCAGCCAUGGUCGUGUCUGAGGAAGACCACCUGAAAGCUGAGGCCAGGGGGGACAUGUCCGAGGCUGAGCUGCUCAUUCUGGAUGAAUUUACCACCCUGGCCAGGGACCUCUAUGCUUUCUACCCUCUUCUGAUUAGAUUUGUGGACUAUAACAGGGCAAAGUGGCUCAAAGAGCCUAACCCAGAAGCGGAGGACCUUUUCCGCAUGGUGGCUGAAGUGUUCAUCUACUGGUCAAAAUCCCACAAUUUCAAAAGAGAAGAGCAGAACUUCGUCGUACAGAAUGAAAUCAAUAACAUGUCUUUCCUCAUCACUGACACCAAGUCAAAGAUGUCAAAGGCGGCUGUGUCCGACCAGGAGCGGAAGAAAAUGAAGCGGAAAGGAGACCGCUACUCCAUGCAGACCUCGCUGAUCGUGGCGGCCCUGAAGCGGCUGCUGCCCAUUGGGCUGAAUAUCUGUGCCCCAGGAGACCAGGAGCUCAUUGCGCUGGCCAAAAACCGGUUUAGCCUGAAAGACACCGAGGAAGAAGUACGUGAUAUCAUCCGCAGUAAUAUUCAUUUACAAGGCAAGUUGGAGGAUCCUGCUAUUAGAUGGCAAAUGGCUCUUUAUAAAGACUUACCGAACAGGACUGAAGAUAGUUGCGAUCCUGAGAAGACGGUGGAAAGAGUACUGGACAUAGCAAAUGUGCUUUUCCAUCUUGAGCAGAGAUCUACAUGUAUGCGCUGGAAAUAUUACAGUAUGGUGGAGCACCCUCAGAGAUCGAAGAAGGCCGUGUGGCACAAGCUGCUCUCGAAGCAGAGGAAAAGGGCAGUGGUGGCCUGCUUCCGGAUGGCCCCUUUAUAUAACCUGCCAAGGCAUCGGGCCGUCAACCUCUUUCUUCAGGGAUAUGAAAAGUCCUGGAUUGAAACAGAAGAACAUUACUUUGAAGAUAAGCUGAUAGAAGACUUAGCAAAACCUGGAGCAGAGCCUGCCGAGGAAGAUGAAGCUACUAAGAGAGUGGACCCUCUGCACCAGCUGAUCCUUCUGUUUAGCCGAACAGCCUUAACGGAGAAAUGCAAACUAGAGGAAGAUUUUUUAUACAUGGCCUAUGCAGAUAUUAUGGCAAAGAGUUGUCAUGAUGAAGAAGAUGAUGAUGGUGAAGAAGAAGUGAAGAGUUUUGAAGAAAAAGAAAUGGAGAAGCAAAAGCUUCUGUACCAACAAGCCAGGCUGCAUGACCGUGGAGCUGCUGAGAUGGUGCUGCAGACCAUCAGUGCCAGCAAAGGUGAAACUGGACCAAUGGUAGCUGCUACUUUGAAACUUGGAAUUGCUAUCUUAAACGGUGGGAACUCCACAGUACAACAGAAAAUGCUCGACUACCUCAAGGAGAAGAAGGACGUGGGCUUCUUCCAGAGCCUGGCGGGCCUGAUGCAGUCCUGCAGUGUCCUCGAUCUAAAUGCUUUUGAGCGACAAAACAAAGCUGAAGGACUUGGAAUGGUGACAGAGGAAGGCUCAGGAGAAAAAGUUCUGCAGGAUGACGAGUUCACCUGUGACCUCUUCCGCUUCCUGCAACUGCUUUGUGAGGGACACAACUCAGAUUUUCAGAAUUACCUGAGAACCCAGACGGGCAACAAUACAACUGUCAACAUCAUCAUCUCCACUGUGGACUACCUGCUGAGAGUUCAGGAGUCCAUUAGUGAUUUCUACUGGUAUUACUCUGGGAAGGACGUCAUUGACGAGCAAGGGCAGAGGAAUUUCUCCAAAGCAAUCCAAGUAGCAAAGCAAGUGUUUAACACCCUGACAGAGUAUAUUCAGGGCCCCUGCACUGGGAACCAGCAGAGCCUGGCGCACAGCCGGCUCUGGGAUGCAGUGGUUGGCUUCCUCCACGUCUUUGCCCACAUGCAGAUGAAGUUGUCUCAGGAUUCCAGUCAAAUCGAACUCUUAAAAGAAUUAAUGGACCUUCAGAAGGACAUGGUGGUCAUGUUGCUGUCCAUGUUAGAAGGCAACGUGGUGAAUGGAACCAUCGGCAAGCAGAUGGUCGACAUGCUCGUGGAGUCUUCCAACAACGUGGAGAUGAUUCUCAAGUUCUUUGACAUGUUCUUGAAACUGAAGGACUUGACCUCGUCUGACACAUUUAAGGAAUAUGACCCCGAUGGCAAGGGCGUCAUUUCCAAGAGGGAGUUCCACAAAGUGAUGGAGAGCCACAAGCACUACACGCAGUCGGAGACCGAGUUCCUGCUGUCCUGCGCCGAGACCGAUGAAAACGAGACCCUCGACUAUGAAGAGUUUGUCAAGCGGUUCCACGAGCCUGCGAAGGACAUCGGCUUCAACGUGGCCGUCCUUCUGACCAACCUGUCGGAGCACAUGCCCAACGACACGCGGCUGCAGACGUUCCUGGAGCUGGCGGAGAGCGUGCUCAACUACUUCCAGCCCUUCCUGGGCCGCAUCGAGAUCAUGGGGAGCGCCAAACGCAUCGAGAGGGUGUAUUUCGAAAUCAGCGAGUCCAGCCGGACGCAGUGGGAGAAGCCCCAGGUCAAGGAGUCCAAGAGGCAGUUCAUCUUCGACGUGGUCAACGAGGGCGGCGAGAAGGAGAAGAUGGAGCUCUUCGUGAACUUCUGCGAGGACACCAUAUUUGAGAUGCAGCUGGCAGCCCAGAUCUCAGAGUCGGACUUGAACGAGAGGUCAGCCAACAAAGAGGAGAGCGAGAAGGAGAAGCCGGAGGAGCAGGGCCCGAGAAUGGGCUUCUUCUCUAUUCUGACCGUCAAGUCGGCCCUGCUCGCACUCAGGUACAAUAUCCUGACCCUCCUGCGGACACUCAGCCUAAAGAGCCUGAAGAAGCAGAUGAAGAAGGUGAAGAAGAUGACGGUGAAGGACAUGGUCACGGCCCUCUUCUCCUCCUACUGGAGCAUUGUGAUGAGCCUCGUGCACUUCGUCACCAGUGUGCUCAGAGGCUUUUCCCGCAUCGUCUGCAGCCUGCUCCUGGGAGGCAGCCUGGUGGAAGGUGCCAAGAAGAUCAAAGUCGCUGAGCUCCUGGCCAACAUGCCGGACCCCACGCAGGAUGAAGUGAGGGGAGAUGGGGAGGAGGGCGAGAGGAAGCCCCUGGAAGCCGCCCUGCCCUCGGAGGAUCUCACGGACCUGAAGGACCUGACGGAGGAGAGCGACCUCCUGUCGGACAUAUUCGGCUUAGAUCUGAAGCGGGAAGGAGGCCAGUACAAGCUUAUCCCUCAUAACCCAAAUGCUGGCCUCAGUGACCUCAUAAGCAACCCUGUUCCCAGCCCUGAGGUGCAGGAGAAAUCUCAGGAACAAAAGGUGAAAGAGGAAGAAAAGGAAGAAAAAGAAGAAAAGUCGGAACCCGAAAAAGCUGAUUUCAUCUUGCUCUUUUAUAAGGUCUCCACUUCUUCUGUGGUUGAAGGAAAGGAGCUCCCUGUGCGCAGCUCAAAUGAAAAUGCCCAGGUCAGCAGCCUGGACAGCGGCUCGCCCCGCGUCCUCGCCGUGCACUACGUGCUGGAGGAGAGCAGCGGCUACAUGGAGCCCACGCUGCGGAUCCUGGCCGUGCUGCACACCGUCAUUUCCUUCUUCUGCAUCAUCGGCUACUACUGCUUGAAGGAAGAUACCUUGUCACAAUCUCUGCCUCUGCUCGUGCAGCUUCCAGAACUUUUGAAAAACAAGGGCCUAGGGGGGGAAGAUGGGGAAAAAGAAGAAAAGGCCAAGGAUGACAAGGGCAAACAAAGGCUCCGGCCUCUGCACACACACAGAUAUGGAGAGCCCGAGGCCCCCGAGUCCGCGUUCUGGAAGAAAAUCAUAGCCUACCAGCAGAAGCUUUUAAAUGCUUUAUCCCAUGCUCCCCAGGUGAUGGAUAAAUAUGGUGAGUUCUAUGGCCGAGACAGAAUCAGCGAAUUACUUGGCAUGGACAAAGCCGCUCUGGACUUCAGCGAUGCCCGGGAAAAGAAGAAGCCGAAGAAAGACAGCUCCCUGUCAGCCGUCCUGAACUCCAUUGACGUCAAGUAUCAGAUGUGGAAACUCGGAGUCGUUUUCACUGACAACUCCUUCCUCUACCUUGCCUGGUACAUGACCAUGUCCAUUCUCGGACACUAUAACAACUUCUUUUUUGCUGCUCACCUUCUUGACAUUGCCAUGGGGUUCAAGACGUUGAGAACCAUCUUGUCAUCGGUAACUCACAAUGGCAAGCAGCUGGUACUAACAGUCGGCUUAUUAGCCGUUGUCGUAUACCUAUAUACUGUCGUGGCAUUCAACUUUUUCCGAAAAUUCUACAAUAAAAGUGAAGACGGUGAUACGCCAGAUAUGAAAUGUGAUGAUAUGCUAACGUGCUACAUGUUCCACAUGUAUGUCGGGGUUCGUGCCGGAGGGGGCAUUGGGGAUGAAAUCGAGGACCCUGCCGGUGACGAGUAUGAGAUCUAUCGCAUCAUCUUCGACAUCACCUUCUUCUUCUUUGUAAUUGUCAUCCUCUUGGCCAUCAUACAAGGUUUAAUUAUCGAUGCUUUUGGCGAACUGAGAGACCAACAGGAACAGGUCAAAGAAGACAUGGAGACCAAGUGCUUCAUCUGUGGCAUAGGCAAUGAUUACUUUGACACGGUGCCCCACGGCUUUGAAACGCACACUUUGCAGGAACACAACCUGGCCAAUUACCUGUUUUUUCUGAUGUAUCUCAUAAACAAAGAUGAAACAGAGCACACGGGACAGGAAUCUUAUGUCUGGAAGAUGUACCAGGAGAGAUGCUGGGAGUUUUUCCCAGCCGGGGACUGUUUCCGGAAACAGUAUGAAGACCAGCUAAAUUAACGCAGACCCAGAUCACCUCCAAAAACCCAGACAUUCUCUCUCUCUCUCUCUUUUCUCUCUCUCCUCUCUCUCCCUCCUCUUCUCUCUCUCAGUCUCUCCCUCUCUCUGACUCUCUCCCUCUCUGACCUUUGUCUCUCUCUCUCUCUCUGACUCUGUCUCCUGUAAACAUCCUGCUGAUUUGUGACUUGCCAGCAUCACAUGCUCUCUGGGACCGGGGAAGCUCUGUUUCUGAGGACCUGCCUGUGCUCUCCUCCCACCUUGUGUAUUUUCUUUGAGAAUAAAGACUGAAGAAUAAUCUAAACUCAUACACAGACAACAUAGGAACUCUGGAAAGAAAGCCAUUCUGGACACUCGAUCAUAACAGACAGAUGUCCUUCUGAGACGCCUGGAGUAACGGGACAUUUGCAGAGAAGCGGCAGACACACGCAUCGGCCUCUUCAUUUCUCCAUCCUGGAAGGAACUCGGAGGGUCCCAGAGCACUGCAGCACUUCACAGAUUGCGUGGACACCAGUGACGAAGGGAAAUAGUGCCUUACUAUAUGUGGGUUGAGCUAUGCAGAAGAUACGUGCAUGAAAAAACAUCUUUAUUUUCUUUAUGUCAACUUUUUUUUUCCUCAGGUUGAUUUUGUGAGGUUUUUUGUUUUUUUUUUGUUUUCUUUAGUCUUUUUCUUUGGUGGGGGAGGGUAAGAAAAGCUGUUUGUGCACUUUUUAAAAAGACGGGUAGCCUGUCUCAGGACCAGGGGCUCUUCUCAUCCGCUGAACUCACACGCGCCCUCCCCAUGUGCUCCUGCCCUCGUUUCAGUCGUGCUCCAAUGCAACCUUGCAACUUUAUGAAAUCUUUCUAUGACAACAGACUGCAAAAAAACAACAACCACACACUUUCAAAAGAAAUAACUCACUGCAUGUUCUUAUGCAAGUUUAAAUGAACAGUGAAAAACUUCAGUUGCAAGUUGAUCCACGCGAGAGAACGUCCAUGAGGAUUAUCUUCAUAGUAUAAAGUGCCGUGGGCUUAAUGUCUAGCUGGAGCCAGUGUCAUCCACCAACAACGUGUUGCAUUAUGAACUUGACACUUGACGUCAUCGUGGGUUUUUCUCUUUCUUUCGGCCACCUGUGACCAGCUGUUGGUUAAGGACUUCUUGUCAGGCCAUUUUUUUAAUAUCAAAGCUGAAGCAAUAUCCAUUCAGGGACUUCAUCAGUUGCAUCGGGGAAAACAUGGAUGAUGAGAUCAGUUCCUCCAUUCUGAGUCCUUUUACAUGUAAUGCUGAUCUUUACAAAUAAAAAGGCAGAUUCAGAAUGGAAGCAAGGUCAUUUUGCAAACAUUGGAGCUCUUUUAUUACAAGUCUGCUUGUUAAUUUUAGAAUUGUAAAACUGCUCUGAUUAAACUAUUUAACUUUCUCA